AUGAGGGCCUUUAUGCUUGGCGAAACCGCGGCUUUGCUGCAAUGCGAAGAAGGCUGUCGCAGUUGCUGCGCUGCAGCGGGAUCCCAGGAGUCCGAGCGUGACAGCACCAGAGGGGACCCGACGAGCUUUUGCGCACGUACAUGGGCAUCGAGUCUCGGAGACUGGGCAUCCAGACAAGCCUCCGAAUUUCAAACGCGGACGUCUGAGCUGUUUAGCUGGGCAUCCAAGGAGGUGCAGCCCUACCUCGAGUUGGUGUGGAAGUGUUGCAUCUUCUACCUGGACUUGGCUUUAGACGUGCAAGCGAUUGUUUUCUUCAUGAGCUCUCAUGAAUUUCAGUUUGGACUUGUGAAUCUGCUUGGCAUCUUGCUCUCCAAUGUGUACACCUUUAUUGACAUGCGGCUUGCAGUGGAUACUGCAGGAGCAGAGGCGUCGGAAGCUCUCACAGCGGGGUACCUCGUGCCUUUCAAUUUGCACUAUCUGUAUCUCACUGGAGUGACCUGGGCGUCCUGGCGUAAAGAGGCACCUGUGGUGAAAGGGAAGCAUCCGCUUCUUCAUUGCAGCAGGUUGGCGGAAGCCUUGAUGGAAGCGUCCAUCUCUUCUCUGGUGCAGUCGCAUGCUCUUGCCCACCAUGAGAUCUUGCAAAAGACCGCCUACUUCAACUUCACACAAGAGCAGAUCGUCUACUUCUCUUUGGCGUUCUCCUUUGGCAACAUGGGUUUUGCUUUGAUGGGCUUCGAUUCUGCGGAGGGACUGCAUCACCUGCCAGGCACAAGCAGAAGCUAUGCCGUGAAGCUUCUCGUGCUCGUGAUGCGGAUUGUCGAGGUUAGCUCCAGGAUCACCAGCAUCGCUUUGUUCAUCGUGUGCACACGCGGCUGGAUUCCCCUUGAGUUUGCGGACAGCUGGCCGCAGCCUCUGCAGUUUCUGUGCAAGAGCUUCCUUCUGACCGCGGGCCCUUGUUUGGUUCUGAUGGACUUCCUGGUGCUUAUCGUCUGGAUUUGGGUGAGCGGUGGUGACAUCGCGAAAGCCUUUCUCAGUGUGCUGUGCUGCAUGAACCCCUUGUUGGAGAAGGGCAAUCCCUUCACAGUGCAAGUGGAUUUGUACUACGCAAUGCGGUUUGUGGAGUUUUUUCUUGCAGCUGUCGGUGUGUACUGUUGGGUUUCCGACGCGGAACCGGUCGUUAAAGCUCUUGAAGGAAACCUUCUGCUACUGCGUGUUUGUUUGGCUUCCACGCUCCUUUCAUUCUUUCUACUUCCCAUUGUGCGCCACCUGGCAGAGCCCGCCCUCUUGCAGGAGGAGAUGGAGUGCGAAGCCCUUUCUGGAGCCUCAGAAGCGUCUCCUGAAAGCCUUGAUCUGCUCCAACCCUGA